ACAGAACACACCCAGAAUAGGAAAAUAAAGAAAGUGAGAGAGUUUCGUAAGUUUGUAAGAAGGAGGCCUCUUAGACCGACAGCAGCUUCUUGUGCAAUAAAGAACGAUCACGAGCGAAAAGAACAACUACAACAACAAGAUCCGUCGUCAUGCCGUGCCUUUCGAAAGUGCAGAUCGAUCAGAUCGAGAAGCUCGAUAAGAAAGUGAAAGGUGCUUUUAACUUUUUCGCAAUAUGCACGAUGUGUUACUUCCUCUACUACUUCCUGUUCCUACUAUCGGAAAUUUGUGGUAGUCCUUAUCUUGUGCUUGUUCGUGGGAAUUUGGGCCUCUUUCGUUGAAGUGUUUAGAUUUAUUUCCAGUUUCAUCUUAGGCGUCGUACGUUCGCAUUCUAGCAAUUUAACGCUGCAACUGUUUCAUCCGUCAUUAUUUGCAUAAGAGCAUGCUUGUGCACUUUUCUUCUCCUAUCAACCAAUGAAGCAACAGGUUCCCCCUCCAGAAAGGGACAGAGCUCUUAUCCGGGGUCCUCCUUCUGAAAAAUCUAAACACCAUAAUCUAAAUCUCAACCUAGUUACUCUAAAUCGCUCUUCCUCUCAGAAUCUUUGUCUCUUUCCUGUUCCUCAGGUUUGCAGUCGACUAAGGAAAUUUUUUUCUGGCCGCUGCUUAUUUUGUGUACCGCAAUCUCCUGUCUCAUCGGAGGCCGAGAAACUGUACUUUGCGUUGUUUUUACAUCUUCUAUUGGGCUGUUUUGUUGUUUGAUGGUACUGUGUCGAGUUGCAGUCUAAAUCUUAUGUGCUGCUGUAUCUUCGAGAAAGAGUCGCCUAGCUAACAGAUUUCAACUCUUCCUCAUAAUCUCCAGCGUCUCUCUCUACCACCCAUCUCCACCACUCUCCUCUUACAGCCCGAGCGUCUGGCUACUACGUUAACAAGCCCAAUUCGCGGAAUUUUGAUGCUCCUCGCUUUACGCCCCACCCUUGCGCGGUGGAUUUCGCAGCUCGAUAAACUCUUAUGGCUGGUCUUCCGUGUUAGUAGAAAGUAGUUGUAGCCAGCUCGUUGUAGUGCAGGACUUUAUUGCACUCCGUCAAGAAUUUUCGUCAUCUAUAACGCCAAUCAUGUCCAUCUACAAGUACAACAACACUCUUUCCAACAGCAGCAACUACCGCAAGGUCUUGGAGCCAUCACCUACACCCUCCACAAGCACAACGUAAAAAACAACAACGGCACCAGCAUCCUCUAACUUGUGAAAAUGCAGUUGGCUUUUGUAAUGCGAUGCUGGCUAACUCGCCCCCGGUGUCGUCUCUCGAGUUGAUUUAUGAAAAGGUAAACCCUACAUUUUUGGUUUAGAUAUUUUAGACUUUCAGUUUCCAACUUAAGGGUCAACCACUUCUUCGUCUUCUUCUUGUUUCGUCGAGCAGUUUAGAAGUACGCUUAUCUUGACUCUCCACCUUCGAACUCAAAUCUUUGAAAAUCAAUCCAGCUGACUGCGCGUUUCGAGUUAUACUUUGACGAUGUGGAUUUGCUUAAGCCGGACGUUGUCUUUAUGGCUUCCACGUCCACGCUGCACUGUGCAGGUGCGUCCUUCCUUGGUCGUUUUCCAACGGGAGACAGAAAAUCGGCCAAGGAUAUCCUGGCCCUGACGAGUGCAGCGCUGCGGCCUCUAAUACAUCGAAGUUAUUCGAAGAUAUCGGAGUCACUGCGCUCAAUAUGAGCGUAUUUGAGUGGGCGUGUGCAGGCUGCAGUACUGCUAUUACUCCUACUACUACUACUACUACUUUAUAUUGCUUUUAGAUUUCUUUAGAUUUCUGAUUGUGGUAGAAGUCUUCUGUUCUAGGUGUGCUAGGCUCUUUGUAGUUUAGAAGUAUGCUUGACUUUGAUGCUCACACUUCUGCAGAUGAUUCUUCUUCUAUCACCAACCCUAACUCCACCACCAAAUAAUCCAUCACGACUCACUUCACAGAAUUCGUGCACGAACGUUUCCAAGCGAUGAAAACAGAGAAAAAAUUGGAGUUAUGGAUAGCUUGACGCAUCUUUCGUCUGGUGGUUUGGAGUAGUAGUUUCCAUAAGGGUGGUUCAAAAUUAGCGUGACAUUGAAGAAGAGAUUAGACUUGAAAGUAUGCGCUAUCGCUAAUGUCGGAGGCGCGUGAAAGGGCUAAGGAGAUGCAUAAAUUGGGCAAGAAAACCCGCAAGUUAGAGCAGAGGGCCCGACGUUAUGGCACAUCAUAGUGGUAGAAUCUUGAGGAGCUUGACAGUGUAACUGUAAGUUGUAAUGAGACUGGAAGUAGACGCAUUAGUGUAUAGGAGCCUUGCUACUAGAAUUAUGACGCCACUGCUACCCCCCGGUCGACAGCACCCUCUUCCCUCACCCAUUUUGCACUCUUAUUGGAACCGCGAAGUAAUCGACCAACUACGCAAGGCCGCUCGUGUGGAUGACCAAGUGAAGAACGAGAACGACGCCCCGCCGCCGAACAAGCUUGCGGAGUUGCGCCGCGAGUACGAUGAAGAUUCGGAUUCCGAUUCGGAUAGUGAUAGUGAAGCCGAUUACAAGUUUUUGUCCUUGGAGAACGCGAAGAACCAGACGGUAUAAUUUUUAGAAUUUGAGUAGCUGGGGUUUUAUAUCUUCGAACAUGCAGUGAUAGAACAAGGCUAAGCUAUACCUAUACGUAUACCACAACAAUGAUCACAGAUUCUGUUAGCCCAAGAACUCACUCCACGUCCCGCUUCUCUACUCUUCAACUAAUCUUCACCUACACAAACAGAUUAUUGGGUCCGCCGCUGCUAACAAGUUAUGACCAUUGUAGUCAAUGUCUCACUCUCAUCUUCGUUAUCGUUUACUUGUACUUGUAGGACUACUUAGGUAGUAAAGGCAAGACCCUCACCUUGUAGCUGUAGGCCAUGUGGUUGUCAAGCUUAUGCUCCUUGAAGUAGUAUAUCAUAGAUUUCCAAGCUCAGCCCCAACUGGUGCUGCUAAGAUUUGCCGCAUCUUCUAACUUGCGUCACAGCGAGCAUGGCUGCAAAUUUUUUCGUGACCCCGCCUGCGGUGGUGAAGAAAGCGGGAGAUAUCGAAAAGUAUUUUUUUUUGAAAAUUUAGAUUUCGUAGAAGUUGGUGUACAUGGACAUGAUUAGAAGUCUAGUGAUUGCAAGAACUCUUACCACGAUACUCAGCAACAGCAACAUGAUUACGAUUUUCAGAAGAUUUCUAUCCAGCCUCUACUACAUCCAUCUUGUCUUAUGGCACUCCUUGAACUACUACCACAGAACCCCAGACUGCGUAGACGCUGAGGCGGUUUUUCGUGACGCCUCUGCCAGCGAGAGGAAGAGCCAGGAGAUAAGCGACAAGCUGCGAGCUUUGGAGCAGCUGAAGAAGGAGAUGAUGGCCAUGAAGACCACCUACGGCCGAGAAGAUGAAGACAUGGUCGACCUGGCUGAUGAUGAAGCCACCAGCAAGAAGAACAACAAGAUGGGCAAGAAAAAUAACAAGCCCAAAGCGAAAGGAGCCAGCAAGCCCAAAGCAAAAGGCAGCACAACCGCAAGCGCAUCAUCCUCCAGCUCCAGCUCCAGCAGCGCCGCUGUAUCCUCGUCCGCGAUCAGCAAGUUGCCGGUCAAGAAGACGGCGGUCAAGAAGAAGACCGUGAAGGCAAUCGAAGAGAAGUAAGGGGUGAGUUUUUUUAGGGGUGUGUGACCUAGGGUGUAGGGUUUGUUCUGUGAUUUAGAAGUCAGGCACUUGUUACCACUCGCUGCGCGAGCACUUUUUGUGAUAAUUGGACAUGGAACUCGAAUUCGCAUCCUUUCAUAAAACUUGUCUUGCGCUACAGAAUAUCUAUUAGGUUUAGGACGGGAAAUUUUUCUCCAAGACUUCUACACCAUUAGUUUUUUGUUAGUAUCCAGCCAGCAGUGAGAGAGGUGAUUUUGCUUUUGAUUUUCUUGUAGAGAUCGAGACUCAACGCACUUUUUUUUCCAUAUCUUUGAGAGAUAUGCAAAGAGCAAGCUACUAGUCAAAGCUAUUGAGAGUGUUUCAUCUAAUUCAGGCAGACCCUGUGCCCUAAGUACUUGUUCUGGGGAGGAGCUAUAAGGAAGAACUAUUUUGGGAUGUAAAGAGCUGUACUAUCUACGAGAAGGCAUUGAUGUAUUUGAAUUUCAUGAAUUCAAAAAUCAAGUAGUAAAAAUAAUGUCUGCUGAGUCGAAUUUGGUUACCCUCGGGUGAGUCGAGCCUCAGCAGGCAAACCUACCAUCUUUCGUGAAAAUUUUGCCCGGUACCGAGCUUUCCCUUGUUUGAUUAAUGGUGACUAAAAUGAAGGAGGGCUUCCUGCUCUGGUAGGUGACGACCACCAUCAAUCAUCGUCAUCGUUGUCAUUCUCCUCCGUUGUUAACCUGAUUGCCUUUUUGACUGUAUUCAUUAUCAACAACUACAAUCGGAUUUAUAAAUUAUUUAAUUUUAUUUAUUAAGAAUUUGAUGGAAGUAAUAAUUGAUAUUAGAAGUUGUACAAUUUUUGAAAUAUUGUUGUAACACAUAAGUUCUUUUUUUACAAAUAUUACAUGUUGAUAAUUUUUAUGAAUACUUUGCACUAGUAUUCGCGUUCUUAGAUUUUAUUUUAACAUUGAAUUGGUAACUUCUUUGGAGAUAGGCUGCCAGGAAGAUGGCAACUAGAUCUACGACACUCACAACGAGCACAGUUAGUAUUUAAAGAUUUUACCAAUUUAAUUAUUGUUCGAUGGUGAAGGAUCGCGAUUCUUGCGAUCCUUGCCCUAGCGCGUAUCUUGCGUCCUUGCUUCGUUUUAGAUACGCGUUCGAGAUGGUAACGGUAUUUAGAACCAGAAGGCUCGUCAAUGUUUAUGAAAGCGUCUCUCUUUGUGUUGCAUCUCCUUGUCGAUAAGCAUGAAGUAGAUUGACGGAUAGAAGGAAUACCAGUGAGGAGGGAAGCAAUGGAUGAACAUAGUGCUCAUUUUAUCUUAGAAUAUAUUCCCGCAAGUUUUCUUACGUAGCGAUCGAUGACAAGGCGUGACUGAGAUUGAUACCUACAGAAGCACCGCUUACCAAUGAACACAUAGACACUUCAUGAGGAGGAUGGAGAUCUUGUGCGUUGUCUAUAAUCCGGACGCCUUUGAACUGAUCGCUUCGCUUCUUGCUGUGAGAAUUGUUUGACCCAUGCAACAAACAGUGGCGCCAUGCAGCAAAAACAAGACCACAGCCCGCGAACGCGAUAGAAGCAGGCCCUUUCUUCGUUUCCGUCAGAGGACGCAUUAGCGCCAGACAGCUUUAUCUGCAC